GGACACCACUGCUAUAUAAUAAUUGUAAACAAAAUAAAUUUCAAUAACACUUUUCAAUGUAACUUUUAAUUUCAAUAUCAACGGUAGUUGAACACCUAAACCUUUGAUCGUCGAUGAUUUACUGUUGUUUGUCUAUCACCAUACGACAAGUUUUUCUUUAUAAAAAUUCCGUUUUUCAAAUUACACCUUAAUUUAAUUUAACAUGUAGAAGGGCACGUUUUACUAUAAAUACAAAACAAAACUCCAUACGAAAUCAUAACAACUUGUAUCAGUAUCAAACUACUCUUGACAAAUAUACAAAUAAUAACAAAAUAUUCAUCAUGUUAAAGAUUUUCCUUUGCACCACCUUAUUUUUUGCCAUUGCUUGGUCAUAUCCAGCUGAGCAAAUAUCUAAAAGAGAUGAUUAUGGUGGAUUGGGAGGAUUAGGCGGAUUGGGUGGAUUAGGAGGAUAUUAUGGUGGUUUAGGAGGAGGAUAUUAUGGAGAAUUUUUAGGAGGAAGUUACUUGGGUUAUGGAGGUUAUGGGGGAUAUGGUGGAUAUGGUGGAUUAGGAGGAUUAGGUGGAUAUGGAACUGGAAUGGGAGGAGGUGGUUAUGGAAGAAGAAGUCCUAAUUAUGGUGGAAAUCGCAGAACUGGUGGAUAUUGGUGGUAAAUAAAUAAAAAUGUUUAUCAACUUUUUUGUUGGGGAAUUCAAUACACUUUAUAUAUGCUAUUAAAAAUACUGCCUAUUAACAGACAUUUUAUUAAACAAAUAAAAACUUUUAAAUUAUAAAAAAA